GACGCACGGGGCUUCCGGGAUACAUUAGGGGUAAUUUAACAGAACCCUACGCUGACUUAUUUUGUGAAAAUAAAAAAAAAAUGGUCAAACAGGCGAUUCAGAUUUUUGCACGCGUUAAACCAAACAAGAAGUCAGUGUCGGCUUAUUCUGUGGAUGAAGAUGGCCACUCUCUGGAGUUUGAGGUGCCGAAGGAUCUUGCUGAUGGCUUCAUCAACAACAAAAAGGACAAGUACAGAUUCAGAUUCCAGAAGAUUUUUGAUCAAGCAUGCAAACAGGAAGACGUUUUUGAGAUGAUCGCGAAGCCUGUAGCUGACAGAGUGUUGUCUGGGUACAAUGGAACCAUCUUUGCCUAUGGCCAGACCGGGAGUGGGAAGACGUUUACCAUCACGGGAGGAGCCGAGCGCUAUUCGGACCGUGGAAUCAUUCCCCGUACACUUUCGUACCUAUACCAGCACUUCAGCCAGGACAAAAGCAUGGUGUACACGACUCAUAUAUCCUACCUUGAAAUCUACAAUGAAAUGGGCUUCGAUCUGCUCGACCCACGUCAGGAGGCAUCUACCCUAGAGGACUUGCCAAAGGUAACCAUCCUCGAGGACACAGAACAGAACAUCCAUCUGAAGAACCUGUCAUUAUUGCAGUCUGACAAUGAGGAGGAGGCUUUAAAUUUGCUCUUCCUUGGGGAUACCAAUCGAAUGAUUGCAGAGACCCCAAUGAAUCAAGCCUCUACCCGCUCCCACUGUAUUUUUACUAUCCAUCUCUGCAGCCGGGAGCCGGGUUCAGCCACAGUGCGGCGCUCCAAGCUGCACCUGGUUGACUUGGCCGGUUCUGAACGUGUGGGCAAAACAGGUGUAGGGGGACAGCAACUCACGGAAGCAAAAUACAUCAACCUGUCUUUGCACUACCUGGAGCAGGUCAUCAUUGCCCUUUCAGAGAAGAAUCGCUCCCAUAUUCCAUAUCGCAACUCAAUGAUGACAUCAGUGCUGAGGGACAGCCUGGGUGGCAAUUGCAUGACCACUAUGAUUGCUACUGUGUCUGUCGACACAAGAAAUUUGGAUGAGUCCAUUUCCACCUGCCGCUUUGCCCAACGGGUUGCCCAGAUAAAAAAUGAAGCUCUUCUUAAUGAAGAACUGGAUCCAACACUGCUAAUUACGCGUUUGAAGAAGGAGGUGCAGACCCUAAAGGAUGAGCUUGCCAUGAUAACUGGAGAGCAGAGGAGUGAUGUUCUAACUCCACAUGAGAUCCAGAGACUACAGGAGCAAGUGAAGGUUUUUCUAGAUGAUGCAGACCCUGAGGUGAAACUCGAGCUGGGCCCUGACAUGAGAAAAAAUCAUUACUGUUUCUCCUUGCUAAAAGCCAAGAUCUGUGAACGUCCAUCAUCUUACCACAGCAAUGGAGACAGUGCUGUGCCUCCAGGCUCCACUGUGACUGAUCACAUGCAGAGCUCAUCUCCAACAGAACUGAAGAAACUAAAAGAUAUGCUUACUCAGCGAGACAAUGAGAUCAGUAUAUUGGUGAGUAUGUUAAAGAAAGAGAAAAAGCGAGCCCAGGAGGCAUUAGCCCAGCUUUCCCAGUGGUCCCCUGCAUCCUCUACAGCCACACUCCCCAAGGACUUAUCCAUACGAAGGAGCGCGGAAGAACUGCCCCCUCUCCAGAAGUCGUUAUACAGGAAGCAAGAUCCAGAGUUUUCAAUAGGACGGCAAGAGGCUUUUGAUAUCUUCAAGAGAGACCAUGGUGACCAACUGAUCAUUGAUGAAAACAAGGUUUUACUAAAACAAAGGUAUUCUGAAGCCAAGGCUUUAGGAGAAAAGGUCAACAAUGUAAGAAGCAAAGUCAAUGAAUUGAAGACACAGCUGGAACUCAGAAGACGGCAGAUCGCUGUGCAAGGGGUGACAACAGGAUCUCCAGUCUCAGAGCAAGCUGACCCUGUGGAGGAGAGGCUACUUGCUCAAAUUGAAGAAGAGAAAAAUAAUUAUAAGAGCACCUUUGGCCGACUGAAAGGCCUGAAGACAGAGAUCGAGCAUUUGCAGCUGCUGCUGGAGAAGGCAAAGAUUAAGCUGCACAAGGACUUCCAGGACUGGUGGAAACACGAAGCCAAGAAAGCACAGGUGGCACAGCCUGAUCCACAGCACCCAGUAUUGGAGGUUACCUCUACUGUCCCUAAAUCCACUACAACUGUCUCAAGCAAUCCAGUAACCAGAUCCCUGACCUCCUCCAGCCUCUCGGACUCCUCUAUCCCCCUAACUGGAGACAGAGAGACAGAUGAGGACAUCCUGGCCUUCAUCAGGGCCAGACAGAGCCUGCUCAACAGAGCUGGUGCACUAAAGUAACGCCUAUGUCAGGCCCAGGCAUUACUGAAUGUCAACUAAUAUUUUAAUAACAGGUGCUAUAUAGGCUCUACAACCCAACAGACUUCAAAAAGGUCAGCCACACAUAAUGGAUGGACUGCUGUGUGUAUGUCACUACUAGAUGUCCAAGGGAUGAACAACAGGAUCAGCUGUUCUUCACUCUGCACCAUCACUGCUCUUGAGAGUAAUCACUGAAGAAUCAUUCUGAGUGGGUUCUCACAGCACCGAAGACUGAGCAUUAACCACAUUUUCUUGUGCACAGUUUUUGUUUGUUUGUUUGUUUGUUUAGAGGCUUGUCCAAUCAUGUUUACCUGCAUUUGUAAUUUUUACUAUAGUGCUUGUCCUAUUAAAUGUGCCUGUCAGGG